AUGCCCACCAAUGCAUCCCCCGACGCGGAUCCGCUUCCUUCUACUGCAAAUGCCACAACCCACAACGGACCCAGAAACGGACAGACGGCGGAGGGUGACUUUCCGCCGGAAGAAUUAAAUAUUUGGACAACAAAGGAAAUGCACGUGUUGAAAAAGCAUGUACAGCCCUACAAAGAUACAUCAAAGUCAUCCAAAGCAGACUACAUACAGAACACUGUCAUACCUGAGCUGCAAGCUACAUGGGAUCACAGAUACUCUAGACGUGCUAGGAAGGAAGAUAAGCAACUACACAAAGAGUGGAAGGUGAAAAAGCAUACGGUAUUUUGUGAGGAGAAGUCGGCAGAGAUUGACUCCAAGGUUGCGCUUCUAUCAGGGAAUGCUGCUCGAGGAAGUAAAGAUUGGAUGAAGUUUUAUCAACAAGGACGUAAGCAGGUUGAGGCCAGAUUGACUCAGGAGGAGUGGGACAGGUUCAUGGAGAUCCUUGAAGAAUGGAAUAAGAAAGGUGUUUCAAAAUCAAUAAAGGCAAAGACUGCUGCCAGGCAAGGCAGAAAAAUACUUCAACAAAUGGAAAAACUUAAGUGGCAGAGAAUGGGUAUGAGGUCCAUUACCUUUGAGGGGCAUUAUGAUAUUGAGGGUAAAAUCAAAUACUCAAUAACCCAGACAAGCGAUCUAUCACUCGACGAUGUCAGAAUUCCUUCCUUUGGGCAACUCUUUCCAUCCAAGUUGAACGCUUUCCACAAAGCGUUUGUUCAAUAUCUCAUCCACAUUUCAGAAAUAGAGAAGGGUGUGUCCAAUCUAGCACUGCCAGAAGCAUUGUUUCAUGAAAAAUCACUCAAGUUCAGCAGCAAUGGAUUUCCAAUAAUACCUAGUCCUAUCUACGGUUCUACUGGGAGAGAAGUUGCUUAUGCACAAAAGUCAAUUAUUAGAAUUUACAUGAACAAGGUUUAUGCUUUAGCCAAGGACAGGCCUGGUUCAAGUGUUCCUUGGGAUGCUCUUGAAAGAGUAUUGGCCAAGUUUAAUCCCCGUGACGGAUCUGAGCCGGCUCCGCCUGGAGUAAACUUCUACAAUUCUCAAGCUAUGGAGGGACCAUACAACAUUAUGGAACCUCUCUAUCCGUCCAACUUGUUUGACCGCCUAGAAGCCCACCCGAUACCAAUACCUCCACCUCCUAUAGCCAUAACCAAACAUCGUCUGAGGCAAAAAGCUAUACGACUUCAAACCCAAUCUUCAAGCGACUCUGAGUCAUCCAAUUUGUCAGAGUUUGAUAAUGGACGGGGCAGUCUGGCAUCCACGAUGCCACGCACUACUGCCAGAUUUGUCACGCCAGAGACGGAUGAGACUCCUACCGACGCACCUUCAAGAUCUAGCAAGCCACCCUCUCUACCAAGUAGAUCCAGCCCAACAAUUGUCAAUCCAUCAUCCAGCCCAACUCCAGAGGUUGAGGAGGCGCCUUCCAAGCCAGCUAGAAAGAUUAUGCCAAGAAAAAGAACAAAGCCAUAUGUCGGAACAGCGGAAAUGGACGGACCCAAUGAAGAGAGUUCUGAACCCCCCCAGUUAAGCCAAAACCAACUAGAAGAAUUCAACCUAGGAAAAGAACUAAGCCCUACUCAGAUCCACUUGACACAGUGGAAGAAAAUGGAGUUCAGAUAG